AUGCCGACCGCGGUAUUUAUCAUGGAAGACAGCCACCAUUUCUCCGCAAAUCUUGGUCGUGACAAGCCGCGAUGUCAGUCUACUGCAGCAAACUCGGCGCUUGAUGCGGAGCUGGGAGACUACGAUGCUCCGUUACUCGAUGAUGCGUUGGAUUUCUGCUUUGACACAGAGCUGUCACCUAUUCUGGAGCCUUUCGCAGACGCCGCUGUGGCCGUGACCCCACUGAAAAUGCAACGAAGGCCGACUAAGAGUCCUAGGACACGCAGGACGACUAGUUCCCCGCUAAGGAGGGCACCAACUGUCAUCACGCCCCGACACGCCAACACGAUGGAGACUAGCAGGACAGGUGAGGAGACAGCACCGAUAAAUGUAGCGAAGCGACCCAGAACCAGAAGCUCGUCAUGGCAAGAACAGGAACAGAACACAUUUUUCACCAUGUUUAAGGUCAAGUGGCCGCCAACAGCUGAAGGCGAUCCAGUACCUCCUUUCAGCUCGCUGCUGCUGCAACGCUUCGACGCAAUCAGCACCAAAGUCAGGACCAAGAGCGUGAUGGAAGUGCGACAGUUCUACACUACAGUGAUGCGCAAUAUCUCCGCGUUACUGGAGGUUGUGGAGAAUGACAUCGACUUGACCAACCCGGACCAAGUGCGCAUUGCCGUCUGGUGCUGGAGCAAGCUGAUGGCUGACAAGAAACACUCCGAAGAAUUUCACUCCCUCGAUUCAGAGUCCGCCGCUGUGAAGACCAACUUGGCCAACGUACUGCUUCAGUCUAUCAUUCGUAGCCGCCGACAGAUGCUCAAGGCCAAGUCAGACUCCAAGAACACACCUGCAUCUGGUCUGACUUCCAUCUCUGCGUGGGUGUCAAGGUCAAAUCUCAGCUCGUUCUUCGCCAAAGACGACAUCCCAGUUUCAGAGACAUCAACUGUGCAGAUUCAUCACCCAAUGGUGCGAAAGAAACACGCUAGUUCUCAGGGCCAGGUAGCUUGGAUGCCUCCUAGCUCCUCAGUCACUGAGAAUGCCAUAAAGGUUUUGUCUACUGCACAGCCCAGCCAUGACUCACCGGGUAAAGCGACCUCGAAGCGUAAGCGCAGCACGUCCACAGACCGCUCUCCAGCUGCUGGAUCGAAGAAAACGCGUCGUGCUGAAGUGGAAACGAUCUCUUUUGCAAGCCCCAUUCCCACGAAUAAGCGGACUCGCUGUCGCACGAGGAAUGGUGUUGAGUUCCACACACCGCAGCAAUCUCGGAAGAAGAUUUACAUCAAGAUGCGUAUGGUGCCACGAGAUAAGCAGACGAAGGCGGACAUGGUGCAGUGUGGUUGUCGACCGAAGGUAGAGCUAAAGCUGUCGUCGACGAAGAAGAUUUCCGAGAUCACGGCGCAUAUGAGCAAGAAGUGGGCGAAAGUACGGUCACUAGUGCCAAAAGGGGCGGUGCUGUGCUUCUUUCAGAAGAAUGGGGGUGAAAAGUGGUCCAAGGAUGACGCUAAUGUGACCUGCUUUGAUAUCUGGAAACAAUGUGGCAAGCAGAGCAAUGGGGAAAACGUAGUCGAAGUGUCCUACUUGUGGAAAGUGCCAGAGACGGCAGGCACUGCUGACGGCGAAAACGUUCAGGUGCAAGAAUUGAUGCCGUUGUUGGCGCCACCUGGACUUUUCGAGCAGGAAAUAUCAGCUGCAGACAAGCAAGCACUAAGUAGUGGAGAUGAAAGUGAGAUUGUGCAGUUGUCACCAGCUCGUGGUCUACAAGAAUUCGUCCAGCUACAGGCCGUCUGCGUCGACGUAUCAAACCGGUGCUAG